UGUGACGCUCUCCGCACGUCCUUCCUCCACACAGCAUCACACAGAGACUACCGACUCAGCAGUGGACGCUCUCCCGCGCUAAAAUGGCAGUUUGAAGGCGUGCGGCUACCCUUGCAGCGGCAACAACCCGGCAGUGCAGCGGCUAAGUGCACUGGCUAUUUCUGGCAAAAUGGCGUCUCUCUCGGCAACCACCCUCAGCUUUGCUGCCGUCGACAGCAGUACCAAACCGCUCGACUUCCUACCGUCGCCGGACUCACCGUUGUUUUUAUUCGCCCUUUCACGGCUACCACUGACCAGCAGCAGUCAUGAGACUCUCCCAGCUGGCCUUGGAGGACGUGGAGGCCCUGUACUUAGGGCCCUCGUUUCUGAUGGCUGACCGCAUGGGGCCCCUUCUGGACCAAGAUGAAGAAGAAGCUCUUUCUCCCUCGUCCUCUCUAGAGGGGAAGGCGCCAGCUUCGCCUCCCCUCUCUUUCUCCUCCUACGCAUCUUCCCCAUCUCCCUGCCAGACCUUAUCAUCCUCUCCGUUCUCUUCCGCCUCCCCACCUCCCUCGCCUCCUCCUCCCGCCUCCUCGUUCCUGGGAACCAAGGCCGGAGUGGACUCACUGUCCCUCCCGUGGCUGGGUGCCAGCGACCUGCUCAAUGUCCAAGUUGGAGCAGACGAUGGUAAAGCAGAUGACGCUUUUGCGGGCAUGGACUGGAUGUCAGAAAAAAUUGACCUCAGUGAAUUUGACCUGGAUUCCCUCAUUGGCUCCUGCUCGUCCGAUGAGUCUCCCAGCUCCCCCGAGGAUCUCCUGGCCUCCCUCGACUCCCACAUGGAUCUGGAUCUCGAUUCGUUCGACACAACCAUCCCAGCUCCACAUGACAGCCUGGAGCUGGGUCUGUCACUGUCCAGUACCCUCCCUCUCCCUCUGGAGCUCCCUCUCCCUGGGGCAGCUGAUGCCAAGAAGACUGAGUUGGCUCCUGACCAGGAGAUUGUUAUGAAGUCUGAGCCUCCCUCCCCAGCUCCCUCUCCAUCUCCCCCCUCUCCAGCAUACACUUUGGAGCUGGGGAGUGAAGUGGAUGUCCUGGAUGCAGAGAAAAUAGCCACAGCCCUCACAGCCUCCAUCAUUCCAGAUCUCAGUGGAAGCAUUAAGACCACCAACCCCAUUGUGCUCUCACUUCCCACCUCUGGCCACAUUGUGGUGGUGCUCACCAACAAAGAUGAGCCCUCCCUUGUAUCUCUCCCCGAUGAGUCAAUUCAAGUCUCUCCUCCAUCAAGCGACUGCGACAGCGACUCUGGCAUCGAGUCCGUCGUCAGCUCACCUUCUCGCCUCCACUCCCCUUCUCCUGCCUCCUCUCCCACAGCUGGAUCCUCUAGGACCAAACCCUACACCAAACCUGAGCCCACCACAGCUUCCUCUGCCAAGACCCCCAAGGUCAAAUCUGUGUCUGGUGCUCCAAAGGUGGAGAAGAAAAUGAAGAAGAUGGAGCAGAACAAGACGGCAGCCACUCGCUACAGACAGAAGAAGAGGGUCGAGCAGGAGCUGCUUAGCACAGAGUUGGAAGGGCUAGAGAAGAGGAACCACGAGUUGGCGGAAAAGGCAGAGUCCAUCAGCCGAGAGAUUCAGUACCUCAAGGACCUGAUGGAGGAAGUUCGCAAGCACCGCCGUGGAAAGACCAGCUCAGUGGCUUAGUAACCAGAUUGUGUAUUAAGCACAGUCUGCUGUUGCAGAGUAGUGAUGCUGUUGUUUCUACUCCAAUAUUUGCAUGCCAAACAAAGUCCACUCCCAUAUUAGGAGUGUAUGAAAUUGGCAUGCAAGGGUGGAUGUAUGAAACUCAGAAAGCAGAAAAUAGCAAAUGGCUGGAUGCAAAGAGAAAGGCCUCUGGAAGUUGAUGAGAUUAUUAGUGUAGAGCAGGGGGCUGGGAGGUAGUCAGGUGAAGCAUCUGUACAUGCUUGUCUCUCAGUCCCCUGUUAGAUCCCCAUAAUGUACUCCCUGUCUUAUUAGCAGUACUUGUACCAACAGGCAGGGUGUAUAUGUCUUUGUAGACUAGGCAUGCAAAACAUGAGUCACCAUAGCUCUUAGAAGUGUAGACUUGUAACCAUUUUGACAAGAUAUUCCCCCACACUCCCAUUACCAGUUGAUAUCCAGACCCCAGCUCAGCUUUAAUAUACGCCUGUGUCAAUAAAGUGAGAUACCACUUCUACCUUGUUACCCACUCCUACUUAACCCACUGUCAUUGACCUUCCUCUUAACAGCUUCAAGUCCAGAAAGGGGCCUCAACAUAUUGAUGAAUUCUUGAUGUUACACUGUCAACAUUUUUUUUUUUUUGUAUAUAGUUUUCACCUCCUUUGCUUUGCCGAUUGUGUUUUUUGUUAUUUAAUGCAGGUUAAAAUCUGAAUUUGUCAAGUAGCUCAAAGUCUUUUUAGCAAAGCUGUUUGCUUGUAAAAAGCUUUUCUUUUCUUUUUCUAAUAAACGUCUAUCAGCGCUCAA